AUGGACGCGGAGCAAGCUCUCAAUCUCUUACAGAACCUCGAGGCCGACGAUGAGCCUCUGCCUGCUGAGAGCUCUGACUCUUCUGAAGGCGACUUCAUGUCGUCGAGCGAAGAGGAAGAGCUGGACCGAGAGCUUGACGGCUAUGUCAGUUCCGAUGACGGAUCAGCUGACGAUCAGGUGGACGACGAUGUUGGUGAUGAGCCUGUUCCGUUGCAGGGCCAAGGACAACCAAGAGGCGGAGGGCGUGGUGUUCAGCAGGGUGGAAGAGGACAAGGACAGGCAGCCGUAGCGAGGGGUCAUGGCGGUGGUGCAGGUCGUGGCGGUGGCGCAGGCCGCGGUGCUGGCGCAGGUCGCGGUGCUCGCGCAGGUCGCGCUGCUGGCGCAGGUCGCGGAGCUGGCGCAGGUCGUGGAAGAGGCCGAGGACGCGGUGCUGGACUUGGUUACGCACCGUUGUCGUCCAUGGAUGUCGUCGAUGACAAUGGACCUCAGCAGAUUCCUGUGUUUCAGCCGUCCAGUGAACCUGGACUAAAACUGCCUCCUGGGUUUGUUGUCGACUCGGAGGCGAGUGUGUUCAAACUAUUUUUCACACCUGAAAUAGUAGCAGACAUUGUCAAGUUCACGAAUGCCUACGCUGAUGCACACAUCGACCAGCGCCCUUCCUACAAAAAUAAAGAUGGCCUAUGGACAGCAACAACAAGUGCAGAAAUGUACAAACUUCUUGCCCUACUUCUCUAUAUGGCUUACCUUCCUCGUCCCGAACUGGCUGAUUAUUACAAAACUACUUCUCUCUUUGCUGGUGGUUAUGCCAGGCUGAUGAUACCAUCCCACAAGCGGUUCAAGGCGCUGAUGUCCUUUCUGAAGGUUGUGGAUCAUACAACUGAGAACCCGGAAGACCGUCUCCGAAAGGUGCGUCACCUGAUCGAGCAUUUUCGCACAAAGUGUCGUACGUUAUUCAAGCCGUCACAAAACAUCGCGGUGGACGAACGGAUGAUUCGGUGCAAGGGCCGCGCAUCUUUCAUCCAGUACAUGCCAGCAAAGCCGACAAAAUGGGGGUUCAAAGCGUUUGCCCUCUGCGACAGCGCUAGUGCCAUUCUGUGCGACUUUGAAAUUUAUACUGGCCAGGGCAAUACCGCAGGUGGACUGGCGCAUGAUGUGGUGAUACGCUUGGUGGAGUAUCUAGGCAACCAGCACCAUGUCGUGUACGUUGACAAUUUUUACACGUCUGAGAAGCUGCUGAUGUCCCUGAAGAACCUGAAUACCAGCAUCGUCGGAACGAUACGACAGAAUCGAAUCGGCUUUCCGGCAGAAAUGAAAGUCGACUCGAAACGGUUCGAAAAGUGGGCAGCGCGGGGGACGAUCCGCUACAUUCGCAAGCAGGAUGCAUUGUAUGUGCAAUGGAAGGAUAAGAGGUGUGUAUCAGUCCUCUCCUCGAUCCAUAGGGGAAACAGCACUGUCAUGGUUGCAAGGAAAACCAAGGAUGCACAGGGUCACUUCCUUCAAAUUGACAUCACUCAGCCUCGGUGUAUCGCAGACUACAACCGUAGUAUGGGUGGUGUUGACACGUUCGACCAACUUAUUGAAACAUAUCGCACGCUACGACGAACGAGAAAGUCGUGGAAAAGUAUAUUUUAUGAUUUGAUUGAUGUUGCUGCAGUCAAUUCUUUUCGAUACUUUGAAAUAUGGCGUGCUAACCACCCCGGUCAACUGCCACGUACAGCACACAGUCGGCAUUCCGAUUUUCAGUCUGGCCUUAUUCGGCAGCUGGCUGAAAUUGCUGUGGAUGAGCCCCCGCCCAAGCGAACCUAUGUCCAAGCUGGUGUCCACGCUCCACCGCCUCCAGCAGCACCAGCAGCUGAACAAGAACCCGUAGUGGCAGCAGGAGCAGCCGCACCAGCAGAAGCCGCCGUACCAGCAGUAGCAGCCGCACCAGCAGUAGCAGCCGCACCAGCAGUAGCAGCCGCACCAGCAGUAGCAGACGUGCCAGCAGAAGCCGUCGCACCAGCAGUAGCAGUCGCACCAGCAGUAGCAGCCGCACCAGCAGUAGCAGACGUGCCAGCAGUAGCAGACGUGCCAGCAGAAGCCGUCGCACCAGCAGUAGCAGUCGCACCAGCAGUAGCAGCCGCACCAGCAGUAGCAGACGUGCCAGCAGUAGCAGACGUGCCAGCAGAAGCCGUCGUACCAGCAGUAGCAGUCGCACCAGCAGUAGCAGCCGCACCAGCAGUAGCAGACGUGCCAGCAGUAGCAGACGUGCCAGCAGAAGCCGUCGUACCAGCAGUAGCAGUCGCACCAGCAGUAGCAGCCGCACCAGCAGUAGCAGCCGCACCAGCAGUAGCAGCCGCACCAGCAGUAGCCGCACCAGCAGUAGCAGCCGCACCAGAAGCAGCAGCCGCACCAGAAGCAGCAGCCGCACCAGAAGCAGCCGCGCCAGAAGUUGUACCAGCCGUACCAGCACCAGCAGCAGUAGCUGAACCAGCAGCAAUAGCAGCAGCUGCACCCGAGAUGCACAUACCCAAGUACGAUGCUCAAAGGAAAAACUGUCAGCAGUGCUAUGACGUUGACAAGGUUCAGCUCAGGGUCACUACAUACUGCAAGGCCUGUGGAGUGUUUCUUCACAUAGGACCACGGGAUUGUUUUGACAAGUACCAUACACGGAAUUUUGCCUGAAAUGUUGCUGGCACAAGACUGCACUUUGUAAAUGCACUACAACGUGGCAUCGUACCUUUCUAAUGCGGACUGUGUUUACCACCAUAUGCAGUAUAACUUGUAUGCCAAUCGGUGCUGCAUAUCUCACAAUGUUUUGUUCCUUUUUCUCAUGCAAAGAGCAGACUCAUGUAUACACAGGGAUGGUGACUUGGGCUUUUGGAAUGUUUUUUUUCACAGUAGACCGGGUAGUGAUAUCGGCUGACAUAGUGAUGUUCAGCAUGGCGUGUUCUAUAUUUCCAUUGGCUGGUGUAUCCUUGUGAGUGUUUCCUAUCCCUUUCCAGACUCUUUCUGGUGCAGACCACCUACUUUUGUGGAAAAUUCAACCACUAUAUCUUAGAAGCCAUGGUGAUGGCUGAAUUGGACCGUUCGUACUAUCGUUGCCAAUAGUAAUUUGAUAUUUUCGUCAAUAUUACUUGGAAACAAAGCGCUGGACAUCUUUUCAUCCUAUUCCUUGUUCUUUUCUGAUGCGAAAAAUGUGCUCAUGUGUAUAUAAAAGUUGAACGGUUGUGGAGUUACAGUGA